UCUUGAUCCGGAGCUGCAGAGCACUGGCCUCGGCGCCCUGCAGCCCGGUGAGCAGGCCGGGCAUGCUGCUCACCCCGCGGUCCGGCUGCUGCUGUGGGUCCUCCUCGGCCAUUGCGUUGGGCCUCCGGAUGGGUGUGCACUGGGCUGGGCUGGACAGGAGGCGUGGGAGGGUGUACUCGGGCUAGACAACAUGGACUGGAGGUCGUUGCGAUGCUAACGGGACAGCAGCGCGCCCUGUUGUUGUUGCCACCCAGUCCUCCUCCAACAUAGCUCGCUUCACGUCCCGACACUUGGUGAAUUAAAGACGCCGUGCAAAAAAACUAUGUGUCGCUGUCAAUCGCGACGUAAUGCAUGAAUAUAAAUAAGUAAAGGCAGCUGUAAACAGACAGUACACGGACAGCUGCAAAAAAAACAACAACAACUAGCUAUUCCCUCCGGGUUACCGUACUGGACGCAUUGAACAAGUAGUUGCUAUGCAACCAGAGCUGUGUCUUUUCCCUGUUUGGUGGUGACAAUGGCUGAAAGAAGUUUUGAUAAAAAGCUCUGUACCUCUCAGCUUGGCGUCAUUCAGCCCAAGAAAUGCCCAUCCUUGUGUAGUAAGGCUGAGAGGUCAAAGAGGAUUGAAGAAAGACUGCAGGUAAAAUCUGCCUCAGGCCCAACGAAAAAGCACACAGAUGACCUUUUGGCCAAGGAAGAACAAUACAAACUCUUGAAUGCAGAGCUGGAAGCCAAAACAGCUGAUCUAGUAAGACAGGCAGAACAACUUAUGAGAGACCAGAGUGAAGUUCUGUCAAAACCCUUAUCUACCCUCCUGCUUACGGACAUUGAGGAUGAAGAGAGGUCAAGGAUACCAAAGCUAAAACAGAGAACUCUCCAGGAGCCCGGUGUAAAGGUGGUGACCAAAAAAAGAGUCACAUCAACAUCAAACAAAUGUGCUGGUCAACAAGACAGGGAGCCUCACUUGAAAACAGCAGCCUCAAAGGCUUCUCGCGUGGAUGAUUCCGCUGCUGGAGAAGACUCUGCAGAUUUAUUUCUGGCAAAGACAAUACGUAGCAUGGAGGAGAAUAUGAGCAACACCAUGAUUCAUGAAAAUGACGUGGAUGAUGAAGAUACAGACAAUUUUGGAUCAGGUGUUUCAGAUGCUCAAAUACGAGUUCUGAAGGCAAAACUAGGGAUCAUGCAAGAGGAACUGGAUCAAUUCUCUUGUGAAUAUUACAAGAAGGAUGAUGAAAAUGCUAAACUUAGUGCAAGAAUCAAGGAGCUUGAGGGGGAUCGAGUCAGACUGCAGAAAACCACAAACAUGCAGCAGACACAGCUUGAGAAACACAGAGCGUUAGCGGAGGAGUCCAACAAAAAAUGUGAAGGGGUUCAACUGCAAGUGUCUGCUUUACAAAAGGAAAUAGAAAAUCUGAAUAGAUCCCAGAAACAAGCGGCGGCCGUCCACAGCAGCGUGGAGGUGCGUCUCAACAGAGCCUUGGAGGAGGGGGAGAGGUUAAAGACUCAACUCAACAAAAUGAAACAGACCAGCAAGGACAAGAUGAGCGAGGAACAUCAGAGUAAAGAAAAUCUCCUGGCUGAAAACAAAAUGUUAAAAAAACAGAAAGCAGAACUCAUCGUGGGUUUCAAGAAACAGCUCAAGCUGAUUGACAUUCUCAAAAGACAGAAGAUGCAUUUUGAAGCUGCCAAGCUGCUGUCCUUCACAGAAGAGGAGUUCAUGAAAGCUCUAGACUGGGGGAAGUCCUAAACACAGAGACAUGCUGAUAACCAAGUCUUUACUUUCAAAUGUGUCUCCUUAUAAUAACACCACUUGUCUGCAAUGCUUUUUAUUCAGAUCCUAUAACCACAUCUUAAUUGUUUUGUACUGAAUGCUAUUAAAGUUCCAUCAUGAAUCCUGAAA